CUACGCUUCCGUCGCUUAUAUGCAAGAUGAGAUCAGAACUCACAAGAGAAACAAAGUUGAUCUUCGAUCUUCCACAGGAUGUGAUAGAAGAGAUAUUCUCUAAGGUUCCGGUGGCAUCUCUAAGAAGAUUACGACCUACUUGCAAAAGAUUGAACGCUUUACCCAAAAAUCAGGGCAUCAUCAAAAAACAUUUUGAGAAAAGGCAGUACCAUGCUCUUAUGCUGCUCAACUUUAAGUUUUAUUCGGUAAGCUACAAUCUCCAUGGAGUUAAUGAGGAUAUCGCUUCCUUGCUUGAACUUAGCCUAAUCGAUCCCCAUCGUGGUACAGACGCCGAUAUAUCUCAAGCCUUUCACUGCGAUGGUUUAUUGCUAUGCACCACCAAAGAAAAUAGAUUAGUGAUUUGGAAUCCGUUUUCGGGGCAAACCAGAUGGUUACAACCGCAAAAUCGUGGCAAGAUAGACGAAGCCUAUGUUCUUGGGUACGACAACACCGACUUGUGCCAUAGCUACAAAAUCUUGAGUUUUCCGGAUAUUUACUACCAAGAAUUGGAUACUAGCCAAAAUUCUUGGAGGGAUCUUGAUGUCACACCCCAAGGCGACUUAGACUUGAAAACCGAAGAGUUUAGCUCUAAUUCAUGGAGGAGACAUCUUGGUGUUACUCCCCAAGGCGACUUACAUUUGAAAAUAUAUGACUUUAGCUCUAGUUCAUGGAAGAAUCUUGAUGUCAUUACUCCCGAAGGUUGCUUAAAAUCUUGUGGCGUGUCCGUGAAGGGAAAUGCUUAUUGGGUGUACGUGUCUAAGCAAAGAGGAGUCAACGACUACUCUCUACUUAGUUUCGAUUUUUCAACUGAGAUUUUCCAACAUUUGUGUGUUCCCUUUAAUCAAGAAGCAGAUUGUGCUGAUACUACGGCUCUCUCGGUUGUUAAAGACGAACAUCUUUCGUUGUUAUAUCAGAGCUGCGAGACGCUAAAGGUGGAAAUAUGGAUGACCAACAAGAUCGAGACCACAUUUGUGUCAUGGAGGAAGUUCCUAACAGUGGAUAUAGAACCUCAGAUCCCUAUGUUCUCGUGUCGGAUGAGCUUCUUCGUUAUAGAGGAUAUGAAAGUUGCCGUGUGUUGUGACAGAGAUAACAAAGUAUAUGUUAUUAGAGAAGAUGAAUACAAAGUAUCUUCCGGUUUUUAUUUUUUAGAUUUCGAAGGCAUAACAUGUUGCUUAACUGUCUUUGGUUAUGUUCCAAGAUUGGUUUAAUUUUUCUUUUGCUUC